UUAAGCGUGCAGAAGGCUCCGCAGGAGGCUUUGGAGAAGGCCCAACGGGUUGGGGGCAAGCUCAACAGGUGGGAUUCAUGCUGGCGCGUGUUGCUGGAAGCGGAAGCGAGGGGGGCGGGAGGCAGCGGGGACAAGAAAAGUGCGCUGGAGGCGGCGUGGUGGCCCGUUUGCCGGGGGGCAAAAGCUCUGCGGGGCCUGCUGCGGCUGCACACGCCAUGACGGACGACAGCAGCCACGACCACGACCACGGCACGGCCACGACGGACGCAAGUCCCUACGUCACGCUUGUUUCGAGCGACGGGUUCACCUACACGGUGAGCAAGGACGCGGCGAGCAUCAGCGGCACGCUGCGCAACAUGAUCUCCGACACCUUUGAGGAGGGCACCACCAACACGAUCCGGCUGCACGACAUCGACGCGCCUGUUCUCGACAAGGUGGUGGAGUACCUCUACUACAACGAGAAGUACAAGGACUGCGUGGACGUGCCCGACUUCCACGUGCCGACCGAGAUGGCCCUCGAGCUGCUAGUGGCUGCCGACUUUCUCCACGUCUGAGCCCGGCGAGCGCUCUAUAAGCUAUGUAGCCACUGUGUGUAGAGCCAUGUGUAAGAAGCCAUGUGUAAGAAGCCAUGUGCCAAUGCGGACUUCCCCAGGACGGCCCGCGCAACAACACCACGAGAGACGAUGAGCCGCAACCGCAGCAGUAGACCGUCCCGUCGCCGCUGCCGGAGAACCCCGGCC